AUGAAUACAACUCAAGGGAAGAUAUCGUUACAUGAUAUUUUUGAAACAUCACAUGGAGAUGUUUUUAUAGUAUCAUCAUUAUCUAAUAAAAAAGAUACACAAAUAAUUAGAAUAGAGGGUAGAUGUGGUAUGUUAUUAUUUGAGGGAUUACCAGGUGUUGAUAUAUUUCCAAAUCAUAGACAAGCAGUAGCAUAUUUAAAGAAAAAACAUACACUCAAAUCAAAUAUUAGAGUUUUUGCAAUUUUAGGUUACAUUAUUUCUGAAAAAUCUUCUCAUUUAUUAGUUGCAACAAAGAUUAGAAAUGAAGGUGAACUAUUAGGUAGUUACCCAAUUAAUACAAUUAUUGAGACAUCAUGGAUUAAAAUCGAUUUAUCAUAUUUAUCAUCUUAUCAAUCUAAUGAAAUUCAAACAGAAGAAGGAUGGGCAACAACAUUAGUUGAUGAUUCAAAUAUUGAUUCAUCUGUAUCUUCAAAUAGUAAUAAUAAUUAUAAUAACAAUUAUAAUGAUAAUAAUGAAAAUAAUAAUAAUAGUAGUGGUUCUUCUUUCUUUUCAUUUUUAUCUUCCUCAUCAUCUCCUUCAAAUAAUAAUAAUAAUAAUAAUAAUAAUAAUAACAAUAGCAAUAAUAAUAAUAAUAAUAAUAGUAAUAAUAAUAAUAGUAAUAAUAGUGGUAAUACGAAUUAUGAUUCACUAAGUAGUAGUAGUGGUGGUAAUAGUAACAAUAAUAAUAAUUAUGAUAGCAGCUAUGGUAAUAAUAACAAUAAUAAUAACAAUAAUAAUAAUAAUAGUAAUAAUAAUAAUAAUAAUAAUAAUAAUAAUAAUAAUAAUAAUAAUAAUAAUAGUAAUAAUAAUAAUGAUCCAACAGUUAAACAAAUGUUAAAAGAUUUACAAACAUUUCCAUUAGAUGGCACACAUUUUUAUUGUGAAUUAUACGAUUUAACCAAUUAUUUCCCAUCAAAUUUGAAUACACCACAUCAAUAUUGUUCAGAGUUUACAUGGAAUGAAUGGAUGAGAAAACCAUUUGAAAAUGCAUCAUUAUCACAUCUUUGUGUUGUAUUAUUACAAGGAUAUGCAUCAGUUAAAUCUAUAUCAAAUUUAAAUGUUUCAAUAGCUUAUUUAAUGAAAAGAUCAAAAUUAAAUCCUGGUACUCAUUUUUAUUCACCUGGUAUAAAUGAAAAUGCAAGUCCUGCUAAUGAAUAUGAAAGUGAGUUAAUUAUGUGGAAAGUUCAAGAUAAACAAUCAAUUUUAAUUAAUAAUAUUGCUAGUAGUAGUAAUAGUAAUUUAUCUGAUUUAGAUAAAAAAUCAAAUUCUAAUAAUAAUAAUAAUAAUAAUAAUAAUAAUAAUAAUAAUAAUAAUAAUAAUAAUUCUACAUCAACAGCAUCUACAACAGCAACGGCAACAGCAAUAUCAUCAUCAUUAUCAAUUUCCUCAACAACAGCAUCAUUAUCAUUAUCAUCUUCAUCAACCGCACCAAACACAAUAACCACAACAUCAACAGCAAUACCGAAAGUUGAUCUAAAUAAAAAUAAUGAUACAGAUGAUUCAAAUAAUAAUAACAAUAGUAAUGGUGGUUUAACUAAUAAUACAACUAAUAUAAUACCAAAUAAUAAUAAUAUUAAUGAAAAAGUUAUACAAUGGACAUCACAUGUUUGGAGAAGAGGUACAGUGCCAUUAUGGUGGAGAGCAUUCUCAAAGAAUCAAGGAUCAAAUGAAAUUGAAUUAUUUUUAAAGGAUAGAGGUAAAGAGAAUCCAAAUCCAUUUGAAAAGUCUGAAAGUUAUUAUCAAAAUCUAUUGAAUAGAUAUGAGAAAUUCUAUCAAGAGAAUAAAGAUACAAAUUUAGCAGGUAUACCAACCAUUCAAUUAAUCAAUUUAUUAAAACAAGAGAAUGAUAAGCAAGAGGUAAUUCUAUCACAAUUGUAUCAGAAAUCUUGUGAAAACGUUACAACUUAUUUAAAUGUAGAUUUACAAAUGUAUACUUUUGAUUGGAUUAAUAUAUUAAAAGCAAAUAAUAAUUCAUUAUCAAAAACUGUUCAAAAUCUAUGGGAUUCAACAAAAUCAUCUAUAGAUAGUGUUGGUUUUUCAAAUGGUUUAAUUAAACCAUUUGAUAAUAAUCAGUUAAUAAAUUUAAAUUUAAAUUUAAAUUUAAAUUUAAAUUUAAAUUUAAAUUUAAAUAAUAAUAAUAAUAAUAAUAAUAAUAAUAAUAAUAAUAAUAAUAAUAAUAAUAAUAAUAAUAAUAAUAAUAAUAAUAAUAAUAAUAAUAAUAAUAAUAAUAAUAAUAAUAAUAAUAAUAAUAAUAAUAAUAGUGUGGGAGGUGUGGGAGGUAAUAAUAAUAAUAGUCAACAAAUUAAUAAUAUUACAUCACCAUCACCAUCAUUAUCAUCAUCAUCAUUCUUACCAAUGAUUUCAUCACCUUUUAUAAAAAAUAAUAUUACACCAUUAUCUAAUCCAUCACCAAUAUUAAAUCCAUUAGGUACAAGUGGUGGUUAUAGUUCAAAUGAUUUCAUUAAUUCAUCAUCAUCAUCAUUAUCAUCAUCAACAUCCUCAUCAUUACUACAACAACAACUAUAUGGAUCAUUUUCACAAUCACCUCAAAUUUCAAAUGGCUCAUCAACAACAGCAACAACAACAACAGCAACAUCAUUACAACCAAUUUCAACAUCAACAAAUAAUUCAUCACCAUCAUCAUUGGAAAAGAAAUUCAUAUUUUUAAAUUAUCAUCCACAAAAAGAGAUUAUAAGAUAUAGUUGUUUAGAUUCAUUGGAAAGAGUUAAUAUUGUUUUAUUUUUUAACUUUUUUCAAAUAGUUUCAAAGAUGGGUUCAGAACUUGGUAUACCAUCACUUAAUGAACUUUUAUCAUUUGGUUCAAGUACUUUGGAUUUCACUUUAACAACUUUUAAAUCUUUAAAUUUAUUUGGACCAUUGAUUGAAUUUUAUGUUUGUAGUUCUGAUAUUUCAAGUAUUUUAUAUCAUAAUAAUCCACCAACUCCUAAUCCUAUUAUGAGAGAAUUGGUACAACAAUUACAACAGCAGCAACAACAACAACAACAACAGCAAAAUUCAACAUCAACCACUAAAACUAAUUCAUCUAAUUCCAAUACAUUACAAUCAUCAACUACAACUUCAACACAAGCAAAUAAUAAUAAUAAUAAUAAUAAUAAUACCAAUGGUAUAUUAAAUAAAAGUUUAACAUCCACUGUAUCAGCGGUAACACUAUUAUCAUCAUCAUCACCAUCACCAUCAUCAUUAUCAUCAUCAUCAUCAACUAAUAAAAAUGCAUCAACAUCAACAAAUUCAACAACAUCAACAACAACAACAACACCAACAACAAUAACAACAAUAACUACAAGUCAUUUAUUAAAUAGUCAAAGAAAAUAUCAAUUAACACAUUCAGAUGAAAAUAGAAGUUAUCAAUAUUUAUUAAUGUUGGGUAAUUGUUUUGGAUUUUCAUCAAGAUUUUUCCCAUUUAAUUCAAGUAUUGGUAAAGAUUUAUCACCCUAUUGGAUAUCAUCAGCACCAUCAUCAUGUGUAAUGUCAUUACCAACAUUAUUAUGUAACAAUGGUAGUAAUUUAAAUCCAUCAAUUCUUAUACGUGAUAUUGAUGAUUUCUGUUGGAUAUCACCACUCGAUACUAAUCAAGUUGAAAUGGUAAUCUAUUUAGGACAACCAUGUGUUGUUACAGAGAUUUGUAUAACGGUUGCUCAUGGUAUCAAUGGUGAUACCUAUCCAAAGACAAUGGAUGUUUUACUUGGUAAUUAUUAUGAUCAAGUUAGUUUCGUCCUACAAGAUGUUGAAUUACCACGUUGUACAACCGGUACAAAGCUAUCCUAUAUCCUACCAAACUCACCAUGGGAGGCCUAUUCAUCAAGAUUUAAUCAAACCAAUAAUUUGGGUGGUGGUGUCUCAUCCGAUAGAUACUUCAAUCGUAUUGUUAAACUGUUAUUCACAGGUACUCAUACACCAAUGACAAUUGGAAAAGUGGAAGUAUUUGGUUACCAUUCCAAUAGUUAUUUCAAUAAUAAUAAUCAAUUAACUUUAAAUAUUAAUCCAACCUAUAGAAAUUCAAUUGAUUUCAAUAAGAAUUAUCAUAGUAAUAGUAGUUAUACUCAAUCUAUAACAAAUGAUAUUUAUCAUCAAAUGGAAAGAAAAAAACAACAACAACAAAAAUCAAAUAAUUCAAUUUCAAAUACUUUUAUAAAUUAUCAAAUUGAUAAUAUUUUAAAUAUUUUAAAUCAAUCUUCUUCUUCCUCCUCUUCCUCCUCUUCUUCACCAAUUUCACCAAGUAGUCCAAAUGGUAGUAAAAAUAAUAGUUUUAAUGAUUAUAAUUCUUUAUUAAAACAUCAACAACAUCAACAACAAAAACAACAAUUACCAAUCGAAAUGUUAAAAACUGAUUCACCAAAUAUAACUUCUGAACAACAAGAUGAAAUUUUAUUAUUUAAUGAUUAUAAUAAUAAUGAAAAUCAAGUUAAACAAAAACAACAACAACAACAACAACAACAAGUUAAUCAAAAACAACAACAACAAUUAACUGAAACAAUUCAAUUAAAUAAUCAAAUUGAUAAUAAUAUUAAAAUUAAACAAUAUGAAAAUAGUAUAAUUGAAUUAAAUUUAAAAGGUAUAGUUACAUUUUUAGAAUCAUUAGAAUUAGAGAAUAAGAGAGUUCAAUUUGGAAUUUCACCACAAGAGAGAGAUAAAAUAUUGAAAAAGUUAAAUAUAAAUAGUAAUCUAUUGAAUCCAGAUAGAUUUAUAUUUGAACGUGAUGAAAAGAUUGAAGUUAACAUUAGAAAGAGUAAUAAAUAUAAAUCAACAGUUUGUCAAAGACCACAAUGUAGUAAACCUUUGGUUUUCUUUGACAAGAUUAGACAUCAACAAUGUUGUUAUUGCUAUAAAAGAUAUUGUCCAGCUUGUGUAUCAUCAAAUCAAGUUAAAAUAUUUGAAUUUGAGAGUACAAAGUUAAUAUCGGUUUGUUAUACUUGUGCUAUUUUAAUUGGUAAACAGGAACAGUUGUUUAGAAAAGUUCAAAUCUCUGAUCGUCAAUAUUAUCUAUUAAAAUCAAAAUUUAAACCAUCAUUCUAUCAAAAGAUUUUAUUGGAUCUACAUUUCAAUCAAAAUAAUGUAAAUAUUAAUUUAAAUUCAUUAUCAAACUUACCAACAACUUAUGAAUCAAUUGCAGAAAUGUUAACACCAUUGGCUGAAUAUCCAAAAGGUGGAAUUAUUAACUCUGUUCCAACUGCUGCAUUUGAAUCAUCGCCACCAAUUGAAUCAAUAUUAUUGGCUCCUUCAAUUUUACCAUUGAAUAUGUAUUGGAAAGCUCCAACUGAUAUUAAUUCAGUGGAUAUCGAUGUUAUGUUAUCCUAUGAGUCAAUGGUUUAUUCAAUCUCUUUGAUUGUCGACUCGAUUGGUUAUCAUAAUUAUGAUUUACCAAUCAUUUCAAUAUCUUAUGGUAAAACUUUUACAACUAGAGAUCAUUAUCAAGAGAUUGGCCAAUGGGUAUUACAUCCAAAUGCUUGGAGUUCAGGUGACCCAAAUCUUGUUAUUCAACCAUCAUCUUGUGUUUCCUUUAUCUUGAGUAAACCAAUUCAAGCUCGUAUCAUCUCGUUAAGAUUUACAUUACCUGCCAUUCCAACAUUUUUAAGUGCCCUCCAAUCUGGUAUCAUACCUUCAAAACCACAACUUCAUAUUGGUAGAAUAUCAGUUCAUGGUGUUUUCUCUGAUUCACUCUCUGAUAUCUCAACUUGGUCCUCUUCUUCAUUGCCUUUAUCUCCUUCUGAUAAAGAUCUCUAUGACAACACCCUCUAUUCCACAUCUUUUAUCACUGCUCCAAAAAGAAAUCCAAUGAAAACAAAUGUUCAAAUAAAAUCAAAUAAAUCAAUUCAUAUCUCUUUGGCUUAUCAAGUACCAAAUCAUAUUAGAGGUUUUAGUUUAAUAAUUACUCAUGAUGAAAAUGAAGGUGUUAAAUCUCAAGUUAAAGGUAUUUCAAUUAGUUUUUAUAGUGUAAAUCAAAAAAAUGAAUUAUCUUCUCAUCAAUAUUUAACUCAAAUUUUAGUACCAAAAUGUAGAAUAUCAUCUACACUUUAUUUUGAUUUUCCAAUUCCUUUACCACCAAAUUAUAUUUUAGCUUUUGAAUUUAUUUCAAAUUAUGGAGGAAAAACAAAUUCAUUCCCAAAAGUAAAUUUAUAUUAA